GCUUUCAUUUUGUUGUGAUUUCUGAAGCAACUAUUGUUAUGGCGACUAUUGAUGGAGAAACAUUCUCAGCUUAUGUGACGUUGAAAGAUAAGGUCCGUGAGAUCAUGUUCAACUUCAGCACCAUCAUGGUGAAGCUUGACAUUUCAGUCUUGGAAAGGCUGAUGAUAACAUUGUCUAUUCUUCAAGAGCAACAGUUCAUCAACCAAUAUGUCAACGAAUGUCUGGUUAACCUGAGCGAUGCCAUCUUAGAAAUCAAAGUGGAAGUAGAAACUGUAACUCGUACUUCUCAGGUACUGAAAAAUCUUUCUUCUCAUCACAAACGGUUGAAUGGAGUUAUUAAUUCUAAAUUGCAAAAAUUAAUUGAAAGAUUAGAAUGGUUCAGAUCAGUAGCAGAGAGUAAAUUAGAUGUUUCCAAUGAUAAAUCUUCUAUUUAUGGAAGAGACAAUGAUAUAAAGAAACUUAAAAAUCUUUUGCUGUCAGAAGAUGCUAGUGAUGGUGAUUGUAAAGUAAGAAUUAUUUCCAUUGUGGGUAUGGGAGGGGUUGGUAAAACAACCCUAGCCAAACUCCUUUACAACAAUCUAGAAGUUAAGGAAAGAUUUGGGGUGAGAGGGUGGGUAGUUGUCUCAAAAGAUUUUGAUAUUUUCAGGGUUUUGGAAACUAUUCUUGAAUCUAUUACUUCACAGGGAAUCAGUAGUGGUAAUCUGAAUUCUCAACCUCUUGAAUUUUCCAAUACAAAAAUUAAUGACACCAGUGACAUGCACCGCAAUCUUCUAUUAGUGAAACUGCAACAAAUUUUAAGCACUACAAAUUUUUUGCUACUACUGGAUGAUGUGUGGGAUACAAAUUCUGUUGAUUGGAUUUAUCUGAUGGACGUCUUUAAUGCUGGUAAAAUGGGAAGUAGGAUCAUCAUCACAACAAGGGAUGAAAGAGUUGCAAGAUCCAUGCAAAUCUUUCUCUCUGUCCACUAUUUGAGACCUCUGGAAAGUGAAGAUUGUUGGUCUUUAGUUGCUAGACAUGCAUUUGGCACAUGCAGCGACAUAAAACAAUCCAAUCUAGAAGAAAUUGGCAGGAAAAUUGCAAAAAAAUGUGAUGGAUUACCAUCAGCUGCAAUAAAAGUCGGGGCUCUUCUCCGUACCAAUUUGUCCCCAAAUGACUGGAAUUAUGUGUUAGAAUGUAACAUUUUGAAGUUGAUAGGUUAUGGGUUGCAUGCCAAUCUACAAUUGAGCUACUCUCAUCUUUCGACUCCUUUAAAAGGCUGCUUUGCAUAUUGUUCAAUUUUUCCAAAGGAGUCCGUCUUAGAAAAAAUGAGGGUAGUUCAGUUGUGGAUUGCAGAAGGUUUAGUAGAAUCGUCCACAGAUCAUGCAAGUUUGGAAAAAGUUGGAGAAGAAUACUUUGAUAUACUAGUGUCAAGGUCAUUGAUACAACGGCGAUCUAUUGAUGAUGAAGAAGAAAUCUUUGAAAUGAAUAACCUCAUCCAUGAUUUAGCUACAAUGGUUGCAUCUCAAUAUUGUAUCAGGUUAGACGAACAAAUCUAUCAUGUAGGUGUACGUAACUUGUCAUACAAUAGAGGGCUAUAUGACUCAUUUAAUAAAUUUCAUAAAUUGUUUGGAUUCAAAGGUUUGCGUACCUUUCUAGCACUGCCAUUACAAAAACAAUUGCCUCUUUGUUUGCUAUCAAACAAGGUAGUAAACAACUUGCUUCCAAAAAUGAAAUGGUUAUGUGUGUUAUCUUUGUCAAACUACAAGAGUAUCACUAAGGUUCCCAAGUCUAUUGGAAAUUUGGUAUACUUGCAGUACUUUAAUCUUUCUCACACAAAUAUUGAAAGGUUGCCUUCUGAAACAUGCAAUCUUUACAAUCUUCAAUUCUUGUUGUUGUUGGGCUGUAAAAGGCUCAUUGAGUUACCGGAGGACAUGGGAAAAUUGGUCAAUUUGCGCCACCUUGACGUUAAUGACACUGCAUUGACGGAGAUGCCCGUACAAAUUGCCAAACUUGAAAAUCUCCACACUUUGUCCAACUUUGUUGUCAGCAAACAUAUUGGUGGACUGAAGAUUGCAGAACUAGGAAAGUUUCCCCAUCUACAUGGAAAACUUUCCAUCUCACAGAUGCAAAAUGUUAAUGACCCCUUUGAAGCUUUUCAAGCAAAUAUGAAGAUGAAAGAACAACUAGACGAGUUAGCUUUAGAAUGGAAUUGUUGUAGUACUUCUUCAAAUUCACAAAUUCAAAGUGUUGUACUUGAACAUUUGCGACCCUCAACAAAUUUGAAAAAUCUCACCAUCAAAGGGUAUGGUGGAAUCAGCUUUUCAAAUUGGUUAGGUGAUUCUUUAUUUAGAAAUAUGGUGUAUUUAAGGAUCUCAAGUUGUGAUCAUUGUUUAUGGCUUCCCCCCCUUGGACAAUUGGGUAAUCUGAAAAAACUCAUUAUUGAAGGGAUGCAAUCCGUAGAGACAAUUGGUGUUGAGUUCUAUGCAGGUGACGUUUCUUCAUUUCAACCAUUUCCAUCCUUGGAGACUCUGCACUUUGAGGAUAUGCAAGAGUGGGAGGAAUGGAACUUGAUUGAAGGUACGACCACAGAGUUUCCUUCUUUAAAAACUUUGUCACUAAGUAAGUGCCCGAAACUGAGAGUAGGAAACAUUGCUGACAAGUUUCCUUCCUUAACUGAACUUGAGUUAAGAGAAUGUCCUCUAUUGGUGCAAUCAGUUCGAUCAUCUGGUCGUGUACUCAGGCAAUUGAUGUUACCUCUAAAUUGUCUUCAACAAUUGACCAUAGACGGGUUUCCAUUUCCGGUUUGUUUCCCAACAGACGGUCUACCAAAAACCUUGAAAUUUCUCAAAAUCAGUAACUGUGAGAAUCUAGAGUUCCUUCCUCAUGAAUACCUGGACAGUUACACAUCACUUGAGGAAUUGAAAAUAUCUUAUAGUUGUAAUUCAAUGAUAUCAUUCACCUUGGGUGCUCUCCCUGUCCUCAAGAGUCUGUUUAUCGAGGGUUGUAAAAAUCUGAAAUCGAUAUUAAUUGCAGAAGACAUGUCGGAAAAGAGUCUCUCAUUUCUUAGAAGCAUCAAAAUAUGGGACUGUAAUGAACUGGAGUCAUUUCCCCCAGGUAGAUUAGCCACUCCAAACCUCGUUUAUAUUGCAGUCUGGAAGUGUGAGAAGCUUCAUUCACUACCAGAAGCAAUGAACAGUCUAAAUGGCCUUCAAGAACUUGAAAUUGAUAAUCUACCAAAUCUUCAAUCUUUUGCCAUAGAUGAUUUACCAAGCAGUUUACGUGAACUUACUGUCGGCUCUGUUGGAGGGAUUAUGUGGAAUACCGACACAACUUGGGAGCAUCUCACUUGUCUUUCAGUGUUGCGAAUCAACGGUGCUGAUACGGUGAAAACCCUGAUGCGGCCAUUGCUACCUAAAUCACUUGUAACACUAUGCAUCCGUGGUCUUAAUGAUAAAAGCAUUGAUGGGAAGUGGUUUCAACAUCUCACCUUUCUCCAAAACCUUGAGAUUGUUAACGCUCCCAAACUCAAGUCAUUGCCAAAAGAAGGAUUGCCUUCCUCUCUUUCAGUACUAAGUAUUACUCGUUGUCCAUUACUGGUAGCAAAGUUGCAGAGGAAGCGAGGGAAAGAGUGGCGUAAGAUUGCUCAUAUUCCUGCCAUAGUUAUCGAUGAUGAAUUGAUCACAUAAGUUUCCUGUCUAGAUUCUGCUUAAUCUUGCUGUUUUGAGAAGCCAAAUCUGCAUGCACGAACUGCAACUAAAUCCAGUAAAUGUUUUACUGAGCAGGAACAGAUGGAAUGGAGAAACAACAACUUACUGCAAAUAUGUUAGAUCUACAAGGGCUUCAAGUGUGAUUGAUGGCUUGCACCAAGAUCGGAGCAGUAGCAUCUCAGGAUUUAGAAGAUUGAGGCAAAAAUCUUCUGUCUUGUGAAAAUGCGUGAUUUCGACAUCAAUCGUGUGGGAAGGAGCUUGUUAAAGAUGCUGUUCAAAUCGCAAGUUGUUAAAGAUUAGGUCCUCCUCCCUCUUGAUUCAAUUAUAUGAAGGAAAAAAAAACUAGUAAGUAGUAGUAAUAGGUAAAUGGAAACCAUAAACUACUGAUAUUAUUACUAAUCAAGGUGGAAAAUCUUCUAUCUAUUGUUCAAAACAAAGGUUGAAACUGCAACUGAAUAAUAAUUCAAUCUUAUGGUUUAGGAUCAUUUGCAAGUUCAUCAAGUCUACUAGUUUGUAUAUACUUUGACGUCAAAUUUGAAUUGUGUUUUAGCACAUUAUGAAAGUCUUCUAGUCCGACUAGUCAGUGUAAAUUUUGAUGUCAAGGAAGCUGCAAGGAGUCUCAAAGCAUAUAAAUUGAAAACCACAAGGGAGUUGGUAUCAAUAACAAAGAAAACAAAAGAAAAGAGUAAAUAACCAUUUUGGUACUUGAAUUAUAUUAAAAUUUCAAACACUUACAUCAUUAACAUUAAUGUAUCUUUUGUUAGUCUGUGUCUUUCAUUGGUUAGUUUGGUCCUCAUGUGUAUUUUUUCAAUUAUGAUAUAUCUAGGGACGAUAGCGAGUAGCGACACCACCUCACACAUCUAGUAACCAAUAGUAGCCACUUUACCUCAGCUUCACCAAUGCUUAUCACCUUCCCUUCAACAUCAUCAAGGGGAAAGUCCUACUCUUUCAAAUAUGAAAGGCAAGAUCAGCAGAAAGUGAUUUUACUCUCAGAUCAUCUCCUACACCAUAUAAUGCUGAUCUCUUCUCAAACCUCACCACAUCUUUUUUAUUUUUUUAGGGGAGCUUGGGUCCAUUCCAGUCAAGGAUUUUGCAUUAUAAAUUGAUGCUUUUCUCUUCGCAAUCACUCCUCCCUCAAUCCUUACUUCUAUUGUAUUAUAAUGAUUAUAAUAUCGAUGAUCAAUGGUUGGUGGUUGUCGAACAUCAAGAAUGUUGAGGAGGUGGUUUGGGCAACCAAACAACAGUGUGACACCAAGAUUGAGUAACAUGGAGCGGGAGUCCAUACACCACGAAGAAUCCAAGUUCUCCAUAUUUUUUACAAAUUAUCAAAACAUCCAACAAAAGAGUUACCAUCCAAAAGCUUUACAAUAAACCCUAAUGGUAUUGUAAAUAAACUAAAAAUGAAGUCAACAAAGUUUUCACUGGUUUCUGCAAAGAUGAUCAUUUUCUGCGAUUUACUUCGCACUAGCUUAACUUCCAUUUCAAUGUCACUCGUGCAACGGCUUUACUCUGACUGCUGAUGCAAACUGGUUUGGUGGGUUGUCUUUGUUCUCGGAGUUUCUUUGCAGAAUUGUAUUUGUUAAAGGCUCGUGAGAGGUUAAGGUGUACUUUAGGAGUUCAAUAUCUGUUCAUCGAAAGGAAAGGGAAAUUUUUUGUAGCUGAGAUAAUAAACGAACAAACACAUGACACAAAUAUAACCGUUUUUUUAAAUCUUUCUUUCGCACGUUCACAUUA